AUGAUGAUGGCAGGAGGUCACGUCUUCAGAUUCCUGUUCUUGGCUGGUUUCUGUCUACAGAGUGUCUUUAUGGAACAACAGCGGGUACUGGAGCAGAGGAAGCCGUUUUUCGAGAGGUUCAGAAGGCUGGAGGAACAGUUUCGGCGUUUCCAAGAUAUGACGUUGACUCGUUUACAAGGCAUUGCUGAAAACUACAACAUCUCCUACAACAUCGAUGCUCGCUUCCACCACAUUUCUGACCAGCAGCGGUCGCUGGCAGAAGCCUUCAAUGCUUCAAGUGACAUGACUCAGCAAGAGCUGAAUGGGGUAAAGUUUUGGCUAAAAAAAGUCCAGAAGAAAACAAAAAAGUUAGAUCUGAAGAUCUCUGCACUUGAGGAAGCCACGGCUGAGAGGAAUAAGCAGAUAAGCAAAGAAAACAAGGCCCAAGAUGUGGCGAUAGCCAACUUCACAACUAUGCUUAGCAACCAGAAAAGGAUUAUUUACCAGUUAGUAAAAGACAAGGGCGAGCUGCAAAAAGGGAUGGAGGCCUUUCGAGAGUCUGUCGAGAGUCAGGGCAGAAAAAUUACAGAGCUAGAAAAACAGCUGCAGAACAUGCAACAAAAUGAAAUUCUACCACCAAGCUCUUUAAUGGCUCCAGGGAUCAAUCGUACCCCUAAGGAAAAACAGCCAGAACCCCCGCAAAAUGAUCCAGGGCCAAUAACUCUUCAACAACGACUACUAAAACUAAAGACCAAACAUAACCAAAGGAUGAAGCUCCACGAAGAGCAGCUCCUGCUUAUACCAAGCAAAAACAAAAUGGAACCCAUGGCUGCUCAAAAUGGUGAGGUAACCAGGAAACUAGGUCCACCAGAAGAGAAGAAGCCUGAUGUCCUAACUACAAAGGUGCCGUCCGUUACGAUGGGGCCACAGCCCAACCAGAGGACCAGCCUUCCUGAGUUCCAACAACCGCUUGAUCCUGUGAUAGAUAAUAUUAUACAGAUGUCAGCCCAUCGUAGUUCUGUGGCCAGAGACAACAGACCACCAGGAGAGACAAUAAGACCUCUACCAUCUACUAGGAUACCACCACAUACCACAGCUGCUCCAAGACUUGAAGAGAAAAGCACACCAAAACUCCAGCCACUAUUUGCAAUGUGCAUUCCAUGCUCAUUUUCCCUAACUCGUCCACGGAAAACUAUGCCACCUUCACCAAAGGCUUGAGGGAACCACUACAUGAACUGUCCGUCUGCAGCUGGGUCAAAAAUAAUGCCAGUUACCUAGGCACCAUCCUUUCCUACGCCACAGAAGAGAACGACAACAAGCUAGUCCUGCACGGCAGGAACAGUGCCACCUAUGACGCUUUCCACUUGGUCAUUGGUGAUCCGGCCUUUCGGGAACUACCGCUGGUGCCCUUGAUUGAUGGGAAAUGGCAUCACACUUGUUUCAUCUGGUCCUCCAUCCAGGGCAAAUACUGGUUCUAUGUUGAUCGUAGACUGACGUCCACUGGAUCUCGGUUCCAGAAGGGCUAUGAGAUCCCACCUGGAGGUUCGCUGGUUCUUGGUCAGGAGCAGGACACCUUGGGUGGUGGAUUUGACAGUUCAGAGGCCUUUGUUGGAAGUCUGGCUGGCUUUGCCAUGUGGAAUCGGGUCUUGUCACCUGGGGAGGUCUCCGGCAUUGCCAUAGGGAAAGGUUUGCCCAGGGGCACCAUCUUAACGCUGGCAGAUGACCCCUUAAUUCAUGGAGCAGUAGAAAGGGUGGACUGUGCCUGUCUGGAGCACUGUCCUUAA